CAUGACCGCACAUACGAUCACACCAGAAACAGUCUGAGGCGGGGAUGAAAGGUUGAAAACAUGGCGGCGGCCUUGGACGAGGAGGAAAUUGACAAUGAUGAUUAUUAUUCUUUACUAAAUGUCAGGAGGGAGGCGACCCAGGAGGAGCUGAAGGCGUCGUACCGGCGGCUAUGCAUGCUGUACCACCCCGAUAAGCACCGCGACCCGGAGCUCAAAAGACAAGCGGAGCAGCUGUUUAAUCUGGUGCACCAGGCUUACGAGGUGCUGAGCGACCCCCAGUCCAGAGCCAUCUAUGACAUCUACGGCAAGAGGGGGCUGGACGUGGAAGGCUGGGAGGUUGUGGAGAGAAAGAGGACGCCCGCGGAGAUCCGGGAGGAGUUCGAGCGGCUCCAGAGAGAGAGGGAGGAGAGAAGACUACAGCAGCGGACCAACCCAAAGGGGACAAUCAGCGUGGGCGUGGACGCCACCGAUCUGUUCGACCGCUAUGAAGAGGAGUACGAGGACGUGCCGGCCAGUGGCUUUCCACACCUGGAGAUCAACAGGAUGCACAUCUCGCAGUCCAUAGAGGCUCCUCUAACGACCUCAGACACGGCCAUUCUCUCCGGCUCUCUCUCUACACACAACGGCAAUGGAGGGGGCAGCAUCACCUGUGCAUUGCGGAGGGUAACCUCUGCCAAGGGCUGGGGGGAGGUGGAGCUGGGUGCUGGAGACUCACACGGGCCGGUCUUUGGCAUGAAGUUCUUCCGGAACCUGACCCAGCGCUGCUUCCUGACGGCGCAGUGCAACCUGCAGUUCUCCUCCCGGGGGGUCCGGCCGGGCGUGACCACGGUCCUGGCCCGGCACCUGGACAAGAACACCAUGGGCUACCUGCAGUGGCGCUGGGGCACGCAGUCCUCCAUGAACACCAGCGUCGUCCGCGACACCAAGACCAGCCACUUCACCUUCGCCAUGCAGUUGGGGAUACCUCACACGUUCAUGAUGAUGAGCUAUCAGUAUAAGUUCCAGGAUGACGACCAGACCAAGAUCAAAGGCUCCGUAAAGUCGGGGUUUUUCGGCACGGUGGUGGAGUACGGCGCGGAGACGAAGAUCAGCCGGCACAGCAUCCUGGGAGCCACCGUCAGCGUCGGGGUACCCCAGGGCGUGUCCCUAAAGAUAAAGCUGAACAGGGCCAGUCAGACGUACUUCUUCCCCAUCCACCUGACGGACCAGCUCCUGCCCAGCGCCGUCUUCUACGCCACUGUGGGGCCGCUGGUCUUCUACCUGGCCAUCCAGCGGCUCGUCAUCAAGCCCUACCUCCUCGCGCAGAAGGAGCAAGAGCUGGAGAAACAGCGAGAGGGCGCUUCCACGGAAACGGCCCGGAAGAAGCAGGAGGCGGAGUCAGCUGUUCUGCUGAUGCAGGAGUCUGUUCGCAGGAUCAUCGAGGCCGAGGAGUCCAAGUUGGGUCUCAUCAUUCUGAACGCCUGGUACGGCAAGUUUGUGACCGACAACAGCCAGAGGCACGAAAGGGCAAAGGUCAUCGACGUGACCGUGCCCCUCCAGUGCCUGGUGAAGGACUCCAAACUCAUCCUCACAGAAGCCUCAAAGUCGGGCCUGCCGGGUUUCUAUGACCCCUGUGUGGGCGAGGAGAAGAGCCUGAAAGUGCUGUAUCAGUUCCGGGGCGUGAUGCACCAGGUCCUGUCCCGGGACAACGAGGCACUCAGGAUACCAAAGCAGUCUCACAGGAUCGAUGCGGACACCUAAGGGCCUAGUCUGCGGGACCAGCAGACACGAGGCUGACGGAGAGGUGCACAGACAGCUGGACUGGGACCCCGGAGAGACUCUGAGACCCCAAAACCCCUUUCCCUCAAGUCCCUUACGCGUGUCUGUCCCCAGUUUUCAAUUGCCUGUAUCAAUCCGCGUCUAUAUAUACAGAACCAUACGACUUAAAAUGAUAUAUAUAAAUAUCACAUUAUAUAUAUAUACAUAUAUAUAUAGGUAUGUGCAUAUAUAUGUAUAUAUAUAUGUAAUGAAAGGUUGUGUAUUUCAGCAAGUGUCAACAAUUGCCAUCUUGUUUCCCUGAGUCCCCAAAAGGAUGGUGUCAGAAACUACAUUUGUGGGUGCACGUGUUCGCUUGUCCAACGCACAUGCACAUUGUGUGGACAGCCCCCCCCCAUUCUCUCAAUAUUCCAUAUAUCAUGGGAUGAUCAUGUCUCUGAAGAGAUGUACAGCUGACAUGUAAACCCCCCCAUGCCCCCCCCCCUCCCCUGCCAAACAUGGCUCCCAGUGAACAGAAAUGCAUGACCCCUGCACGUUAUGCAGACGGUGUACGGAACGCUACAGUGCCUCAGCUUGACCUUUGACCUUGUGAUACAGGCUCCAUCAGCCUGUCAGAGAGAUGUGAUGUUACCGUAUCAGUGACGAUGUCAGAGUGCGAGAACAGUUUGAAGAAGGAAGAACAUGGCAAAAGACCCAAGUGAAUCUGCCAGGGUGGUGGCCAUUUUAGAAGUGCUUCUCUCAGUGACCUUAUCAUUGGUUGACAUAACGAACCCUUUGAGUAAUAAGCUUGUUUUUGAUGACACAAAUAAACCUCGUAGAGAAAGAUCCGCUUUCUACACCAGCGUAUGUCCUGGUACACACAUGCCGUCCUCUCGUUUGCAUAAUGCUCAGGCAACGACGUAGAUCUCAUUUCAACUUUGGGGGGGAACUUUCUUUAGGUAUUGUGAUGUCGAUCGGCAGGCUUAAUUUUAGGUUUGUGCUUCUGUGUAUAUCUGGUCUCACAAGGGAAUUGUCACUUAAGAUCAUUGCUUAAACUUGUAGUUCACCUGGUUUUCAUCUGGGUUCUUUUUUCUUUACUAAAUUUUUUGUAUGCAUUUGAUUGUCCCAGAGAGUUUUAUGUGCAAUGAAAGAUGCAAUCGAUUCAAAAACGUUUUUUUUUUUAUUUCAAAAGAUUCUGAAGUUUCUGAAAAAUAGCCGUCUUUACAAUGGUGGAUAUGGGGGCAUUCAGGCAUCACAGAAUAAAGCAAAAACAAAUUCAAGGUUUCAAGUUGCUCUGAAAAGCUAGUAUUUUGUUACAUUAUUAAUUAUGAACAUAAAUCAGCUCUUUUCUUCUCAAGUUGCGCGUGCCAUAGGAAAUGAUUCCACUGAAAAUAAGACUAAACUUUAUUUCAAAAGAAUAAUCCGCUGAUAUACAACAACUUCUGAAGACAGCACUACUGUUCAAGCUGCUUUGGACUUAACUUCACGUAUUUUCUUGCUUUAGACACACCCCCAGUCUGCCCCCAUGCAAGCCACUGUAAAGCCAGCUGGGUCAUCAAGAACUUAAAAUACCUUUCAUUGCACAACUUUAAACUGUCUGGGACAAUUGGGAGAACAAAAACACUAAAACUGAAAUGAAAAAAAAUAAUAAUAAUAAUCACCCCAGAAAAUCUACUGUCACUUUAAGGCUGUGUGUUGGGUUACCAUAGUAGCGGUCCAGUUUGCCUAUGUCUACACCGGGACAUCGGAUAAGAAGAAACGGAAUAAAUCAGCUUCAUUAGUGUCGCGCUUGGUUUUGGUCAGCCACAGGUGUCUGUCGGCUUGUGGAAUACCAGAGCGAAUGUAAAGGUAGUCGCGGAGUCCUAACAAGCCCGUUCUGGUCCAGAGUUUCUGUGCUGCUGCAUGUCGUGUGGAGACUAUGGCCACAGUCCCUGUAAACCAUUGAAAGAAAGGGGGGGACAGAGGAAAUGAAUAAAGAUGCCUUCAUUUUUAAUCCUCUCACACCCUCACUGCUUUCCCAGUAAAGACAUUCACUGACCGCCUGGCCACAGAGCCACGGUUACGGCGCUGAGUUGGGAAUCCUUGUCUUUGUUUGUAUACCUGCAAGUUCAUUAUUCCCACUGACUAUUCGUCUUUACACUCAACUCUUUAACUUCUUUAACUCUUCAGUUGAUUAGAAAAUUGAUUGGGUAAAGUUGUAAUGGGGGUAAGUUGUAAGAGGAAAUAGUGAGGUUUCCUGAAGGCAUUGUAGUGUUCGGUGGAGGGAAGCAAAGGCGGUGUUGCGGAAGCGUGCACUGUUUGUACUGUGAACGCUACAGUCCCUUUAAAGUUCCCUUUAACCCUUUAAGAUGUGGGAUCAGAAGUGUGUGAUUAGAAUGGUUUUAACCGAAAGUUCUAAUGCUGAUGUAACGAUCACUACUGGGGACUGAAAGUAGUGGCGUUACAGAACACUGACUUAAAAUGUUCAGCAACAAAAAAAACUUUACAAAAACCUACUCUUCAAAGGGUUAGCUGUUGGUCCCUCAUUGGCUAAAGAUCACCCCCUGAGGUACUAGCUUUCUGCAAGGCUAAUCCACCUUCUUUUGGCCUAGGGGGGCUGUAAUCUGAAAAGAUUUCCAGUUCUGUCAAAGCUGUAAUCCUGGAAACGGAGAGACGAAGAGCUCAUGCUGAUUCUGUAAUGAAGGGAUUGUUGAGGAAGAACAAACGGUAACAAAACUGCAAAGCCCUCAAAGAACAGGGUUGCGCAGGAUCGGGAAUUUGGAUCGAACACGAACAGGGUUGUGUAGGAUGGGGACUGUGGGUCGGACCUGAACACCCGAGCGUCUAACCUCAGGCCCCAACGCAGUGCUUCACCAGGAGAACGCAGUCUCUCCUCAGGGUCAAGCGUGAAAAGAGAUCACAAAUAUGCAAACAGAAUGUUCUUGACUGGACGUUCUAAUGCCGAUGCAGCAAUCGCUCGCGGUGACAUCGCUCAGUACAAUCAACCGUCACAAAAAAAUAACUUCUCUUCCUUUUUUUGUUUUUGUUUUUGAAAUUUUCCUUCUUGGUGUGAUGGUCAGCAGUGCUAUUGUGAAGCACAGUCCUUAUUCUUGUGCAGUCAGAGCUGAUUGGUGCCCUUGGUCACUGAGAGACAGAACUGAGCUCAUUGCCUUGCUUACGGAAGCUGAAAUGAAGUGUCUAAUCACAUGAAAGACAUUGAAAAUAUAAUUGUACUGCAUCUGUAUACAAUUGGGGAACCACUGAAUUUUUGCUGAAGUUGGCUGUGAAAUAAA